CUGCCUCUCACAGACACCCCUCACCACACAGAGAAACAGUCUCACACAGGGCACAGAACGGUGAACGUCAGGCUAUUAAUUCCCUAUGUCACUUCAUACAGUUUGCGACUGACCCAAAGGUGUGUGAAACCUCAUAGCUUCAUAAAAUACCUGUGGGGUGAAGCUAUAGGGUAAGGGGACCCUGGAACAGGCACGGGGAGGUGGGCCGGGCAGGCAUAGAGGGCAGGACCCGAACGGGACGCACCGCCGUUGCCGUCACUAACGUACGAAUCCCUGAUUGCCGCUGGAGCGAGUUUCCAUUUUCCUGUUCUUCCAGCACAGCCCUGAGGAUUCGGAUGCCAUUGCUCUCCAGAAGCCAUAACUAUGAUGUCAGAUGAGUACCUGGUUGACUGUAAGCUGGAUGAUGAUGAUGAUGAAGAUGAGGAGGCACUGGAGAAGCUGCAACAAACUCCGCCCCCACCACCAGAGUUCUCCACUCCCUCCCCCUACCCGUCCCUGUCCCAGCUGGAGUCCCGGGACCCAUACGGCGUUAACCAGCACCUAAAGGUGGAAUUCAGCGAUGUCCUGGCAGAGCCUGCCUCCCCACACAGCUGCGACCGCGUGUGGGUGUACAGCGGCAUCGGGUUCGAGUCAGCGCGUAUCUGGAGCUACCGCUGCCUGACCCUGCUGCUGGCUGUGCCCGUCUCCCUCCUCUCCGGCUGCCUGUUCGCCUGGCUCGCCUGCCUGCACAUCUGGUGUGUGAUGCCCUGUGUGCAGGUGUUUCAUUCCUGUUUGCCGUGGGUUCGCACUCUGUGGUUCAGCGUGAUUAACAUUUUCCUCGGCCCGUUGUGCGAGUCCGUCUCACGCUGCUGCAGCGGGCUGUACGUCACACUGUCCAAGGAGUGAGGGGUGUGGCCGUGCGCUCUCUUCCUCCCUCCAUACAGCAGGACGCUGCUUCUGUGGACCCAACCGGAGGCUCCGCCUACCUGACGGAGACAAGCUUGGAGUGUUUCCAAAGUAAACACGGAACCAAUGAUUGUGCAAAACACUUACACUUGCUCACCAUUCACACUGAUCCAAUAACAUCUCUCGGCCUGCCUGAAUUAGCAAAUGCUGAUUAGCUAAUGAUUCCUGUUCUCGUUUGGUAUUGUAAGAGAAUGCCUGUUGCAUGUGUGGUGUUUUUCCAGCUGCUGACUCUCAUACUAAGGAUUUCAAUGUCCAAUUUAUACUUGUAGUUCAGUGUUCUUUUUUAACUCUGGGUGCGUGAUAGGAUGUUGGAAACUUAACUCAAGUAAGUCCUAUAGCUCAUGCAUUCUUAAGGCCACGGCAGCUUAGAGAAGUACUUAUGAUGAGCAAAAAGUUUAAUGACAGGCUUAAUGACUGUCAACCAGAGACUGUAAAAAAUAGCUGUCAACCUAUUCACCCCCUGCCUGUUUUUAAAUACAUACUCACUGAAAUGUAGAACUAAAGCGUUGAGUAAGCUGGUUAAUGAAAAUAUGAUUAUACAUACUGGUAAAUCAGCCUCUUUCACUACGUGAGUGAUGUUCGUGUUCAUUUCAUAUACAUUAAUUAAAACUCUUUUUGUUCCCA